CUCUAGAUCACACAGACUCUCCCACCUCUGCGCUCACUGAGAGAAAGAGAGGAGGAGGAAGAAGGACCUGAAGUCAGGAUUUGACUUCCUUAACGUAUCAAAGCGGAACUAUGGAUGAUUUAAGCCCCCGCCAUGGUGGCUCUGUGUUUGCGGGGCUGGUGGGAGCGUCGCAGGUGCUCGGCCUUGUGUCGGUGGUUCUGACUGGGGUGUGGAUGGGUCACUACCGAGGAGGUUUUGCCUGGGAUGGUUCGGCUCAUGAGUUCAACCUGCACCCUCUUUGCAUGGUGCUGGGUCUGAUUUUCCUGCAUGGCGAUGCCAUUUUAGUUUACAGAGUUUUUUGUAAUGAAGCAAAAAAACAUGUGAAGCUGCUUCAUGGCAUUAUUCACCUGCUCGCCCUCAUCAUCAGCAUCAUAGGGGUUGUAGCUGUGUUUGACUUUCACAGAGCAGCCAAGAUCCCAGACAUGUACUCUCUUCACAGCUGGUGUGGCAUGGCCACCCUAAUCUUCUUCUGCUUACAGUGGGUGUUAGGUUUGCUGUUUUUCCUUUUUCCUGUUGCAUCGUCAUGGUUACGAGCCACAUACCUGCCUAUCCAUGUCUUCUGUGGGCUCACUCUGUUGGUAAUGGCCAUCGGGACGUGCCUUCUUGGCAUCACAGAGAAACUCCUGUUCAGCAUUACGGAUACAUACUCUCUGUUUGCCCCAGAAGGGGUGCUGGCCAACAUGUUGGGGAUCCUGCUGCUGCUUUAUGGGGUGCUGUUAGUUUACCUGAUCACCAGGGAGGAGUACAGACGUCCCCCAAACCCUGAGGAAGAGUCUCUGUCUGUCCACUUCAAGAACCUGACUGAGGGUGGGGUGCCAACAACACCCUGAAGUUCCAACUGACACUGACACAUCUGGACCUUUCUCAUAAAAAACAAUGUUUGUGUAAGCUGUUAUUUUUACAAAGUAUAAAAUAAUGAACAGAGAGCAGUUAUGAUUUUCUCUACCCUGAAAACAAAACUAAUUUAUUUUCACUUUCCUCCCAGCUACCUAGCUUUACUUAAAAUUGUGUAUUUGUGCUACAGGAUAUGAAUGUUAAUCUAUUGAUGCAUUACACAGAAUGACUGAAAUAUGCACGUAUCAUAAACUACAUUUAUAAAAAUAGCAACAGUUGGUAAAAAAAAGGAGUAUUAAAGAUGAAUUUCCAAAAAACUAUUUAUUUCCCUUUAUUCAUAGAAAUCAGCUACUCCAAAGUUUUAGGAGAGAUCCCCAAAUCAGUAUUUUAUUCAAGAGAGUUUACUUGAAAAUAGUUUGCUUAUUAUAUUCAACUUGGGAAAUAUGACAGAAUUCUGUCUUUAUCAAAGCAGUUAUAAACAGAUUAAAUAAAUCACUCAGUAAUGACAACAGCAGCAGAAAACACAAAAAUAAGAAUAUUAAGAAUAAGAAAAUCAAUCAAUCAAAUAAAAUUUGUUCUCCACAUGUCCUGUCAAUGGGGAGCGGUCAUCUCAUAAAUCUCAUAAGCAUUCUAAGAGGAUAUGUGGUGGUACACCACUGGGGUUUUGGAGUGUAUAAAACAUAAAAUGAAUUCCACACAGCUAUGAAGCAUAAAUGAGAGUAUUUUCAUAUAUUGGGAUGCAGAAAUAGCCAAGGCACCAUUCUCAGAACUUCCUAACUGCAUGCUUUCAGUGUUGUGCCCAGACUGGGCAAACACUCAUUUGCUACAAAAUUAGCCUCUAAUGAAAACCUAAAACACAUAUUUUCCUAAGCACAAAUCCAUAAUCUCCAGUUUGAAGUGAUGGAUAAGAGACAUUCCUCCAAGUAUCUUACUUACUGUAAGUACGAUACUUACUCCAAAACUAAGUAUCUUACUUUUACUUAGUAUCUUACAAACAUAUUUCAGUUUAAAAAAAUCUGACUAGUUUGACUCUCACUGGCCUCUGUUCCAACAAUUUCAGCUGAUCUCAGAGUCUGAGAGUCAACACAAUUUAUUAUGAUGGAUCUAAGAUGUAAAAAAUAAAUGUUUGAACAGAAGGAAAAAGCUCUGUGUUUCAUGCUCUAAUAGAUGCACAAUAUGCAACAUGGUCUUAUAAAAUCUAACCUCAAGAUCUGUGUAUUUUAAAGAUGGCUACAUGAGAUCCAUUCAACAUGGAGCUCCAACUUAUGACUACUUUUUAGGAAUGGUAUUAUGGAAACACUUUCAAGUUUAAAACCUUAUCUUUUUAAAACUUUGUAAUAUCAGUAGCCACUAUAUGUGUAUGUUAACACCUUUAAACUUAGGGUUGCCUUUUCAGUACUACGUGCCAUUGAAUGUGAUAUAUGUCACAGAAAUUCAAUCACAUAGUAUAUGGAAAUUAGUGAGUGCCAAGCAACAACCAUUAACAGCAUUGAAGGAAACCUGAAACUUCUUGCUUCAUGUGACUUUUAGAGUCAGAUUUAACUGAAACAGUUAUUCCUCUCUUAAAGCUCUAAACUUGAAUGUUGUACAAAAAGUUCUCUGUAAUUAUAUUUUGGCUCUGUGGUUGUAAAUGUUAUAUGUGUAUUCUGAUGAAACACAAUUAGUAGGUAAAGCUCAUUUGUGUUUAGAAUAACCAGUAACGCUAACAGUCUUGCCAAAUUUCCACUGCUGAAUGUUGUUAAUCUUGAUGUUCCACUUAACAUUGUAAUUGUUCAAAAAGAAGUCCUAAUCUCACUAUAUAAAAUAAAAUGUGUGUGAAAUGA